AUAUUCUUUCUCUAGAGACAUUGAAAGGGCUCUUGGAUUCUUUUUUUAUUUUUUAUGUGGUUAUUCUUUUGCUAGCAGAACCAGGGGUGUAAGAAGAAGUUGAAGUGAUGGAACCCCAGGAUGAAGAAGAGAUCCAUAACUGUUUGAUCAAGCUGAGAAGUAAUCCGGAAAGGCGAAGGGAUAAGGUCUACAUUGGUUGUGGAGCUGGGUUUGGUGGUGACAAGCCCUUGGCUGCUCUUAAGUUGCUUCAAAGAGUUCAAGAACUAAAUUAUCUGGUUCUUGAAUGCUUGGCCGAGCGAACUCUUGCUGAUCGUUAUCAAAUCAUGAUGUCUGGUGGUGAUGGUUAUGAUUCUCAGAUUUCUAACUGGAUGCAUAUGCUGCUGCCUCUGGCUUUGGAAAGAGGAACUUGCAUAAUUACCAAUAUGGGUGCAAGUAAGAAUUUCUAAUGCUGCAUUAUAAACCUGGCAGCAA